AUGGCUUUCCUUCCAAGCUCUUCCCUCUUGAUUUCUGCUCUGACAGUGAUUCUCGCAUUCACUCCGUUUUCGCAAGUCCUCAGUCACCCAGCACCUCAAGAUGCAGCAGUCCGCACCGUCUAUCAAUUCCCCAACCUCACAUCACUCGAGAACAUUGCCGUCCGUUCCAACGGCCAACUUCUAGUCGCAGUCAUCAGCUCCGCCGAAUUGUACCAGGUCGACCCGUUCAACAACAAGGGUGCAUCGCUGGUCCACCGCUUCCCUGGCGCCCUGAGCACCUUAGGGAUCGCUGAAGUCGAACCCGAUAUCUUCGCCAUCAUUGUCGCGAAUUAUACACCUGGAGUCCCGACGGUGAAUGGCUCCGGUUCUAUCUGGAGAGUCGACCUGCGGUCCUUCAAAUGCUCGGAUAAUGGCGAUGUUACCUCGCAGCCCACCGUCACUAAAAUUGCAUCCAUCCCUGAAUCUUUACUUCCCAAUGGGCUGGCUCUCCUGGCGCCAGGUAGUCCGUAUAUCCUAGUUGCAGAUUCAGGCUUGGGCGCUGUAUGGCGUGUCAACUUCCACACUGGGGAAUACGUCAAAACACUCUCGCAUCCUCUUAUGUUGCCAUCCCCAGAGGUGGACCUGAAGAUAGGCAUCAACGGAGUUCAUAUUUUCAGAAGUACGCUCUACUUCACCAACACCGUUUUAGAUGGCGGCUUCUUCGCAAAAGUGCCCAUCCACCUUUUUGGCCCCAACGCUGGAACCGCAGCGGGUGAUUAUGUCGUGGUUUCAAAGAACGGCUUUGGUGAUGAUUUUGUCAUGGACAAAAAUGGAAACGCAUAUAUUGCCCAGAACGUAAAGAGUGGGGUCCAACUUGUGACGCCGGAUGGGAAAUUCAGUGUUAUUGCUGGGAACGAGAACUCGACGGCUUUGGCAGGUGAUGCGGCGCUGCAAUUUGGGAGGACCACUCGCGAUAAAAAUGUGCUGUAUGUAGUGACUAGUGGCAACAGUGGUAUUUUGCUGCCAGGUUUGCCGGAAGGAGGGAAAGUCGUUGCUAUUGAUAUUGCUCGGCUAUAG